AUGGGUGGGGGUGGAGGUAAGCGGGCGCGGGAGAAGGAUGGUUACUACUCUGCUACGCCUGCAAGGGAGCAGAAAAGACCUCGGCGGGGGAAGCAGCAUCUGUACGUGGCGCUGGAUGACUGGGACGGCGGCUACAGCAUCCACAGGCUCGACGCCGACGACAUCCUGGACGACCAAGAACCUGCUGCAAGAGGGGUGCUGCACAGCAUCUUCGUCGACGCCAACCCGCUUCUGCGCGGCGACCGCGCGCCCCCGACCUUCGUCUACGACGCGGAGACGGCCGCGCUCGCCAUCGGCCCGCGCGUCCCGGAGAGGCUCUACGACCUGGGCGAGUCCAUCGCCGUCGGCGACGGCGAGACGCUGUACGACGUGACGUCGGUGAACUUCCAUGACGCCUCCCUGCACGCCAUGUCGUGGGAGCCCAACACCGCCGCGGGCCGCGAGCCGUGGGAGCCAGACAGGGAGUGGUCCUGGAGCAGGCGGCCCCUGGCGCAGCCGGUCCCCUGCGAAGGAGGCGAGAUCCUCGGCUACGCGUUGCACCCCGACGGGCGCACCAUCUUCAUGUCCACCGGCCACACCACCCACUCCCUGGACACCAUCGACGGCACGUGGAAGGAGCUGGGGGAUUGGGGCUUGCCCUUCAGAGGACAAGCCUAUUUCGACGCCGACCUGGAUGCAUGGGUUGGGCUUCACCGCAAGGACGAUCGGUCCGUUUGCUGCUGCACAGUUCCCUCCGGGACACGGCCGCCGAGGUGCAAGCUGCUGAGGGAGAAGCUGAGCCGCCGCAAGGAGGAGGACCCAAAGCACAGGCCCUGCCUGAGGGGCAGGCCCAUCUAUCUCGCCUACAUGGGUGACAGCAGAUUCGCCCUCGUCGAGGACAUCCCGGCGCCGCUUAGUGACUACGACGACGGCGCCGGCGCCGGCGCUGUGCUCCAUGUCACCAUCUUUGGCCUCAAGUAUGAUGACAAGGGAGAGCUACGGACAAAGGUUCGACGUGCAACCAGGUCAUACGCUGUGUCCAACAACGCCUUCAAGUUUUCUCAUGGCGCACUAUUCUGGAUGUAACGUAGUGCGUGCCAGCUAGCUAGCUGAGUUUUUCUCUUUUACGUUACUCUGCACCGUGUUUAGCAUUUCCAAAAAUAAAUCUGGUAUUCCUCGUUAUCCACCUAGGCCUAGUUCAGUUUGCAAAUUCUCUUUUGCA